UCAUUUCACGAUACGUGUGUGUUUGCAUGUGUGUGUGUGUGUGUUUUCUUCAAGGAUGACGAUGAUAAUAACGAGGGUGUUGUGAAAACGAAAAACGAAUUACGGAAUAAAAUUUGCGUGUGUAAAAUUGUCGUGCUUGUAUCGUGGAAUUCUGUUAACAGUAGAAAGUGUGGUUUACUUGUUUCGAUGCAUAAAUAAGUGUUCCCCUUCCUUUGUAUUCAGUUCGCGACUGCGUCACACAUUUGCUAUGCUUAUGAUUUGUUCGUAUUUUGCUUCAAAGCUUUGUUCCUGGAAUCAGUGUAUUUGAGGUGAUUGUGCUCGUGUAUGGCCAGUUUGGCAUAAUUGUUUGGCCCCCAAAAGUGACGACAACAAUGACAAGGGCGUCGAAAUACAUCACGGAACUGGUCGGGCAACAGCGAUCGAUUCCCGCAUCAAAUUCUCCGUCAUGUUUCACUCAUUAAGGAUGCAGUUCUGUGCGUAAUCAUUCUGCACAAUCUUUUCGUGUUUAUACUUAGCGAAACGGCUAAGAGGGUGGGAGGUAACAAGGGCAAGUGGCAAAAACGCAUAACGCAGUAAGGAUGGAGAACAAUCCGGGCGAAUCGUCGGAGGUCGUGUACGGCACGCACGAAGACUCCGCAAUGGUGAUGUCAGAAAAGGUGCAAUCGCUAGCUGGGAGCAUUUAUCAGGAAUUCGAACGUAUGAUUCAACGCUACGAUGAGGAUGUCGUGAAAACACUCAUGCCACUGCUGGUGAACGUGCUCGAAUGUCUCGAUUCAGCGUACCAAACGAAUCAGGAACAGGAUGUUGAGCUAGAGCUGCUACGGGAGGACAAUGAGCAACUCGUCACACAGUACGAGCGUGAGAAAAAUGCUCGCAAACAAUCCGAGCAGAAGCUGCUCGAGACGGAAGAUUUGGCCGAGCAGGAGAACAAGGAGUUGGCCAGCCGUCUCGAGUCGUUGGAAAGUAUUGUGCGCAUGCUAGAGCUAAAGCACAAGAACAGUAUGGACCAUGCCAGCCGGCUCGAGGAGCGCGAAUCGGAACUGAAGAAGGAGUACAGCAAGUUACACGAACGGUACACGGAGCUGUUCAAAACACACGUCGACUACAUGGAACGUACGAAGCUAAUGAUGGGUAAUUCAACCCAUUCGCAAGCAGGAUCUGCCUCGGAACGGUUGGAUGUUUCACGAUCGCGUCUAAUGCCGAUGAUGCGCUCAACCGGGCCUGUUUCGUAUGGGUUUGCUUCGCUGGAAAACUCUACCAUGCUCGAUACGGAAACGCUAUGCAGCGAGGAGGACAGUGGGCCCGAUUCUGGACCACCUUCGCUGCAGAAUGAAAUCGAAACGAAAGCCACCGAAAAGGUGGAAGAAGUUGAUUCGGCCACGACAACACCCGGUGAUGGUAUGGCAACGAGCUCAACCGCGAAGGUACUCCAGAGCCCGACCACCGGUGGUGUAUCGGGCAAAACAACCACCAAGAAGGAGCAACGUUCGGCCAACACACUUUAUCAGGAGCUUUCGUUUCAAGACGAUAAUUUGGAGAGUGAAGAAAACGAAAUUACCGGUGCCUGGGUACAUCCCGGAGAUUAUGCAUCAUCAGCUAACGAUAACUUUUUCGGCAUGGGCAAAGAGGUUGAAAAUUUGAUAAUGGAAAACAACGAGCUAUUAGCGACCAAGAAUGCACUGAACAUCGUGAAGGACGAUCUUAUUGUGAAAGUCGACGAGCUGACGGGUGAAAUUGAAAUUCUCCGCGAAGAGCUAAAUGCCGUCAUACUGGCACGGAACAAACUGAAAGCGAAGGUUACCGAGCUGGAGGAGGAGCUGAAAAAAACGAAAGCCCAAGUAAAGCAGGCCUCAUCGUCAGCGACAGACCAAGAGGAAGAGGGCGAUGUACCGAUGGCGCAGCGCAAACGCUUCACCCGCGUCGAGAUGGCGCGCGUUCUUAUGGAGCGCAACCAGUACAAGGAGCGCUUCAUGGAGCUGCAGGAUGCCGUACGCUGGACGGAGAUGAUGCGUGCCUCGCGGGUAGAAAACCUGGACAAGAAAUCGAAGCAAGGCAUUUGGAAGUUUUUUAGUAAUCUCUUUAGCUCCAACGAUAGGCCAACGAAUGAGUCCCCCGGGCGACUACAUCAGCGCUAUGGUGGCGUUAGUGCGCAAACGCACGGUGCCGCCUCGCUGCUGCCUGCCAUGCCCGAGGGACGUAUGCUCAUUGGGGCAGGCAAUAGUGGCGGCGGUGGCGGUGGUGGUGGAGGUGGCAGUAUCGGUGGGCUGGUAGGUGCCGGCACUUCGACUGCCCUCUUACGCAGUGGCCAUGCAAGCAACAUACUGGUGCUAUCGAAGGAACCGGAGCUGACACAAUCGGAGCGUGCGAUGCAACGGCGCCGGGACCAGUACCGGCAGGUGAGGGCACACGUACAGAAGGAGGACGGUCGGCUGCAAGCGUACGGUUGGAGUUUACCUAGUCUAAAACCAUCGAACGCGACGGGCGCGAAUGGUGGUGUUGGUGGUGGAGGUAUCGGAGGUAUAGGACGUCCUACCGGCAGCGGUGUACCGGUACCGGUUCCAGUCUACUGUCGCCCGCUGGCAGAAGCUAGUCCGCACAUGAAAGUGUGGUGUGCCAGUGGCGUUAAUCUGCAGGGCGGUUACACGAAGGACGGUGGUUGCAUUGUCGGUGCCGCUAGCAUAUUUUAUGCGAAAGACACAACCGGCGGUGGGGCGCAAAUCACCGAACUUACCGCCGAUGAGGCAACGGUAGAACCGAAGGAUUUGGGUGAACUGUUGGAACGGAAAUUGCUCGCUCUUGGCGGCCCGAAUUCGCUCGAUGCGGACAGCGAGCUUAGUUCGUACGUGUGGAUCUGUACCAGCACCCAUUCCGCUAGUACCGUAACGGUGAUCGAUGCUAAAAAUCCUUCCGAAGUGUUGGACUCAUUUCCGGUGUGCCAAAACCACUUGCUGUGCAUCUGUACGGUUCGUGGUGCACUGGAAAUGGACUACGCAAUGCUGGAAAACAGUGAAGUUACCAAAUCGGGUAAAAUGCUUGAAAAACCCGGCGAAUCUCCUGAUGAUAUUGGUAAGGUUGCGUACGAAAGGGUUGUACGCACGCACACCGAAUCCGCUACGACGUCGAUCGAUGAGAGCAAAGGUACAGAGCAAGCACAAGAAGUGGUACCACCAUCGGAUACAUGCCCAGAACAAGCUACCGAAGCUGGCAACGAUCGUGAUCUUAAUCAUAACAGUAAGUCCUCUAAUGACACUCCCGAUAACGUAGACACAAAAGACAUCGCGAUUGCUGUGGAUGGUAACGAUAAUACGAUCGGUGAGACGACCUCCUCACCCAGCAGACAACAACAGUCGACGGCUGCGAUCGAGGAAUCCAUCUCCUCGAUCGGACCGACGAUGUGGCUUGGUGCCCAAAACGGUAUGCUGUAUGUGCACAGUUCCGUCGCACGAUGGAACGUGUGUUUGCACAAAAUCAAACUACCGGACUCGGUCCUAUCGAUCGUGCACGUAGAAUCGCGUGUGAUUGUGGCGCUGGCGAACGGUACGUUGGCAGUAUUUCGGCGCCAGGUAAACGGCGAAUGGGAUCUUAACAGCUACCAUCUGCUAACGCUCGGCUCGCCGAAAUAUUCUGUGCGCUGCCUUACGAUCGUUGGCGAUAAGGUGUGGGCUGCACAUCGCAACAAGAUCCACGUGAUCGAUCCGAUCACACUGUGCAUUCUGAAAUCGUUCGAAGCGCAUCCACGCAAGGAAAGUCAAAUACGCCAAAUGGCCACUACCGGGCUGGGUGUGUGGGUAUCGAUAAGAUUGGACUCCACACUAAGGCUGUUUUCGGCGGAAACGUACGAUCAUCUGGAAGAUAUCGACAUUGAUCCGUAUGUGUCGAAGAUGCUGGGAACGGGCAAGCUCGGCUUUUCCUUUGUACGUAUUACCGCUCUACUGGUAUCGUGCAAUAGGCUGUGGAUAGGAACCGGUAACGGUGUAGUGAUUUCCGUUCCACUGACUGACGCUAGCGGGGCUUCCAAUACACCGUACUCCCCGCGAUUCGCAAAUGCUCAACUUUCGUUCCAUGGGCACCGCGACGCAGUGAAAUUUUUCGUGUCCGUACCGAUGAACCCACCCAACCAGGGUUUGCCAACCACUUCGAAGGAUAUGCUGGUUAUAUCCGGCGGAGAAGGAUACAUCGAUUUUCGGUUAGGUGACGGUGACAUGGAGGCCAGCGUUGAACUCGAACCGAACCAAACCAUAGAGAAUCGCAAUGAAAAAAGCUACAUUAUCGUGUGGAAAGUCAGCAAUCGUUAGGUUCGACGUUGAACGGACUUGGUGCAAACAAUUAGCUCACCCAGUAUAAUCGUGGCUUUACUUUAAACAUUCUACGCAUAACCCUUCGAAGGCGAAAACAAGUUUACUUACAUCUUGUGGUAGAUACACAAGAAACCACUACGGCAAAGCAAAAGCUACAUACACACAUACACAGCGAGUCAGCGGAACGGUUGGUAGAACGAUGAAGACGAUACAAGUAUUGCCUAGUGUUGUUCCGGGUUUGUGGCCGUUUGUUUCUUUUUAACGCGUUGUGUAGUGUCAUUGGUUCAUUUGCAUAAAAUAACAACCGUACUAGCGCUACCCUCCCAAAAACAAAACUUAUAGAUGAAACUUUAAACGUAACACUUUAUGUUUAAUCAAACAUUUUAUGUACCAACUAACGUCCCAGUCUCCCAGCGCCCACCUUCAGAGCUGGGGAUAGAGUGGAGUGGUUUUCCCGAAUCGUGGAUUUGUUGUGGCGUUUUACAAAUUGUAUUAGCUAACAUGAAGCUAAAGUUAGUGUGAGCCAACAGAACGACGGUAAACCAAUAGUUCCCUUCCUUCCCUAACACGCCAAAGAAUAAGUUUAGCGGAGCGUUUGAAUCCCUUUCGAUACCUUCCGGAAAGGAAAGAUACAUUUAAACAGUCAGACAAAACGCUAUUCACAUACUAUACUAUUAUUACGUGCAAAAAUUGUGUGCAAUGGUUAUUUUGUAUUAUGCGUAACAAUACCAUUAAUAUUUAUCACAAACGUAGUAGUAUGGAGAGCUAAAAAAUCGGCGCGAUUAUGAAAUUGGGUUAAAUAAUAGCAAAAAAAACCCAUCCUCACACACUUACAUACAUACAUACACAACUGCAAACACAGGAAAACAAGAUCGCAAAGCUUGUGCUACACAUAUUAAAAACAAAGACUAGCAUAGCUGCUAAUACAAUUUCAGCAACUUUCCUUUCCCUUUCAUAGAAAAGUGAGUUCAUGUUUUAAUUGUGUAUAUAUUACAAUGUUACAGAAUGAGUUGUAUUUAAUUUCUACACUAAGUUUCCGGAAUAAGUCGUUUUCACCUGUGUAACGUGUAUGUUUAGUCAUUUUAAUGGUGUUAUAUUUUUAAGAUUGUUUUAUUUGUUUUUUUUUUUAGUUAAGUUCAGUUCAGUUUAACCAUCAACCGAUCAGUUAGGAAAUGGUUUUUAACACAUUACAGUCGUAAAGUGAUCAUAAGAAGAAAUGGCGAAUAAUGAAUACGACAGGUUAGGAUAAUUUACAAGAAAAACAUGCGUAUGCUUGUAAAAGCGGUACAGGUGGUAAACGCCCUUAUUUUCCGGUACAAUGUUUUAACGCUUCGGUUAAUAAUUGUUUGAAGAUAGUAGUUGCAGUGAAAACAAUAUUCAAUUUCCUAUUAAAUUGUACGCGUUAGUUAAACCAUCUCACAUGCUAUAUGGGCUGCAGCUCUUACAGCUUUGCUGCUACGCAGCUGCACUGUUCUAGCUAUGUUUUAAUUUGUUCGAAUAUUGCGUACAAUAUAGUUUGUUAGCGUACCACACCGGAAAGGCGAAAGUGUGCGAUAAAGAUUCGUAAUGUAAAAAAUACCCAUUUGAAAACAGAAAACAGCAAAUACAAGUAACCAAUGCAUUAAUAAUUAAAA